AUGCCAAGCAGCAGUGUUCGCAAACAUACCAUCUCUAAUAAAGUCCGUAAGAGGCCUGGUAAGGAUCUUGAUCAAAUUCAUGAAGAUUUAAAACCCGAAAAAGCCGCUAAACUUAUGAAUCAAGAGAUCGACUUGGACCUACCCGGAGAUGGUCAAUUUUACUGUAUAGAAUGUGCGAGACAUUUUACUGAUGAGAAAACCAUAACUGCUCACAAAAAAUCAAAACCACACAAGAAUAGGGUAAAAACGUUGAAAGAAGUUCCUUAUACUGUCAAAGAGUCUGAAGCUGCUGGUGGAUUAGGAUACUAUCCUCAUGUCACAAAGAAAUCUCGAGUAACACAUGCAGAAUAUGCUCCAGUCAAAAUGGAGACUGUCGAAUCAUCUGAUAUAAAACAAGAAGAUGCUGAUGUUAAGCCUUGA